CUGCAGUUCCGUGUCUAUUGUAUUUCAGUUUAACUUGAUUGUAUAUUAACUGAUUUAUUUGAUGGCCUGUGACAAUAAUAAACCUAAACCUAACAUCCCUUACAUUGUCCGUUUGAGACCACAUUAAACAACUGCACGGAGCAGUAGUGGAGGACACCAGCAACAUCCCCUGGCCAGGCCGACCCCCGCAACUCUGACCCAGUGCCACCGGGCCUUUUAAGUUGAGGCUCGAAGAAAGAAGAAUCAAGGAACUGCAGAUGCUGGUUUACAAGACACAAGGUGCGGGAGUAACUCAACAGGUCAGGCAGCAUCUCUGGAGAACACGGAUUGGUGACGGUUGGGACCCAUCUUCAGACCGAUUGUAGCGCCGCCGUAAUGUGGCGCCAUUUCCAAAGUCCAGUCCACCAGCGUGCUUGGUCUAUUGGAGUUGGUCCCGAUCCAGACAACUUGUGGAAUGACCCGUCACUGGAGACGGACCCCGAGCUGCCAACGGGGUGGAGAACCAUCCGUGACUCGAGCGGUACUUACUACUGGCACGUGCCAACGGGCGCUACUCAAUGGCAUCACCCGGCUGGCUCCCCGGAGCUUGGUGUGGACGCUGGCAAACUACCGUCGGCCGUGGUGCCCGCCCUGGGCCACAAGCCGCAGGUUACUGUCUCUGGCCCGACUGCCGUUAAUCAUCCCUGCAGAGGUGGGACGUUCGAGAGCAAAAUGCCGGCUUCUUCGUCAAUAAACCUAAGGGACCCGCUUCUUUGGCAAGACGGCAGGCUGGAACAUGGGAGGAAACUCGAGUCCAAGUGCUUUGCCGUGCGGUCGCUGGGCUGGGUGGAGAUCCCAGAGGAGGAUCUGGCUCCGGGGAAGAGCAGCAUCGCGGUGAACAACUGUAUCCAGCAGCUGUCCAGCAGCAAGUCCGCAGGCCGCCGCUCAGCCUCCACCUGGGAGGAGGGUCAGGACAUGGUGCUGGUUCUCAGGAAGGAUACCCUGAGCCUGGUGGACCCCAUUGACCACAGUCUGAUCCACUCCCAGCCCAUCAUCAACAUCCGUGUGUGGGGCGUUGGUUGUACCCACGGCAGAGACAGAGAUUUUGCCUACGUUGCGAGCGACAAGGACACGUGCAUGUUGAAGUGUCACGUCUUUCACUGUGACACCCCAGCCAAGGCCAUUGCAUCCGCCCUGCAUCAGAUAAGCGCCCAGAUCAUGUCGGAGCGGGCAUUGAGGAGUGACUCCACGAUCGCCCCGGGACCAGAAGAAGACGGCCACCAGGUUGACUUGACUCGACAAGUGGACCUCCUGCACUCGGUGACACAGAGAACACAGAGGUUCCGUGUACAAUACAUCGGCUGCCUGCCCGUGGGGAAAUCGAUAGGGAUGAAACAGGUGAACGAGGUGAUCAGGAGUCUUCUGGGGAACUCAGAACAAGAGGUGUGGCCAUCUGUAUUUCUCAGAGUGACGGACACCACUCUCUCCAUCUGCAAGGGAGAGGACGGUGAGGAGCCGUGGUGGGAAUGCCCGGUACGGUAUCUGACCUUCCUAGGAGUGGGCAAGGACCCACACACGGUGGGUGUGAUCGUGGACAUCGGACGGCAACGCUUCAAGUGCCACGUCUUCUGGUGCGAGCCAGAUGCUGGCUGCGUCUCGGAGGCCGUCCAGACGGCGUGUAUGCUGCAGUACCAAAGGUGCCUGGUGACUUCCAGCCCACGGCAAGGCCCCAGGAGGGGUUUGGAGGGGCCGCCCCCCGUUGGGGGUCUGAGGAAGCACGGAUGCCCCCUGUCUGCCGGCCCCCCCGAGUCCCCACCUCCGGCCCCAAAACUCUUGGGGGGCAGCGGCCUGAAGCGGGGGGUCCUAGCGCUGAUUGACUCGCUGCAGCACAAACCCUCUGCUCUGCAGAUGCCCUAGUGUGUGGCAGGGGAAGAGGGCGCGGGGCGGG